GUCGAUUGAAACUGCGUCAUCAGUUAUCGUUUAACGAUUGUCAUACGAGUUUUCAAGUGAACUUCAUAACAAUUUUCAAAAAUGACCGGACGCGGCAAAGGAGGAAAAGGUCUUGGAAAAGGAGGCGCCAAACGUCAUCGUAAAGUUUUGCGUGACAACAUCCAGGGAAUCACCAAGCCCGCAAUCCGUCGGUUAGCUCGUCGUGGAGGUGUGAAACGUAUAUCCGGUUUGAUCUACGAAGAGACCCGUGGAGUUUUAAAAGUGUUCUUGGAGAACGUGAUCCGUGAUGCAGUCACCUAUACUGAACACGCCAAGAGGAAGACCGUCACCGCCAUGGACGUCGUCUACGCGCUGAAACGUCAAGGACGUACCUUGUACGGUUUCGGAGGUUAAAUACCCACAUACACGCACACGCACACGUAUACCUUUUAAAAAGGCCCUUUUCAGGGCCACCAACUAUAAUCUAUUAAGCUAUGCAUAUCUUUUAUUGCAGGCCUGCUGGCCUGUGUUGACUGAA